UUUUCAAAGCACGUGUCAUCUUGACUCCUCGGUCCAAAACCACGCUUAAGUUUCUAGGAAAUACAGCGGGAAGGAGACAAGGUGUAAAGAAGCCUUUGGACUGGAGAAAUAUUUUCUAAAGCUUAAGUUUUCCUGGCAGGCCGGGACUGACCUGCAUUUAUAGCCACCGGUCGUCAUCUGAUCUGACCGCUGCUCUUACCUUGGGUUGCUCCAGAAGUAAAGUGAGCGGUGAUGACCCUGUCUGGAGGCACCAGUGCCAGCAACAUGUCCGGUCAGACCGUGCUCACAGCUGACGAUGUGGAUAUCGACGUAGUCGGGGAGGGCGACGAGGGGAUGGAGCGGGACAGUGACUGCGAGAGUCAGUGCAUGCAAGACCGGGGAGAUGAGGUGGAGGAGAUCGAGGUGAAGGAGCGCAGCGACAGUCCGUGCGAGAGCGCCGGCGAGGGAGAGUCCAAGGGGGAUGCUCAGGAGAGCUCCACCGGUCCCAUGCAAAGCAAGCCCAAGAACAGCCUGGUGAAGCCGCCCUACUCCUACAUCGCCCUCAUCACCAUGGCCAUCCUCCAGAGCCCGCAGAAGAAGUUGACUCUCAGCGGUAUCUGCGAGUUCAUCAGCAACCGCUUCCCUUAUUACCGAGAGAAGUUCCCGGCCUGGCAAAACUCCAUUCGCCAUAACUUGUCCCUCAACGACUGCUUCGUCAAGAUCCCACGGGAACCGGGCAACCCGGGCAAAGGCAACUACUGGACCCUCGACCCCCAGUCGGAAGAUAUGUUCGACAACGGCAGCUUUCUGAGGAGGAGGAAACGCUUCAAGAGACACCAGCCGGACAUUCUCAGGGACCAGACCGCCCUCAUGAUGCAGAGUUUUGGGGCGUACAGUAUUGGGAAUCCCUACGGUCGCCACUACGGAAUUCACCCGGCCGCUUACUCGCACCCUGCAGCCGCUCUGCAGUACCCGUACAUUCCCCCGGUGGGUCCGAUGCUCCCUCCGGCUGUGCCUCUCUUGUCCUCCGCAGAACUGAACAGAAAAGCAUUUAACUCUCAACUAAGUCCAAGUCUCCAGUUACAACUGAACAGCCUGAGUACCGCGUCGAUCAUCAAAUCCGAGCCGUCCAGUCGACCAUCGUUCAGCAUAGAAAAUAUUAUCGGGGUCUCCAGCAGCUCCACGAGCGCACAGACUUUCCUGCGGCCGCCAGUGACGGUGCAGUCCGCUUUACUGAGCGCACAGUCUCUGUCCUUAUCCCGGACAUCAGCUGCCAUCGCGCCCAUUCUCAGCGUCCCGUCAAAUAUCAUCUCCGGACAAUUUUUACCGACAGCAGCCACAGCAGCGGUAUCUAAAUGGCCUUCUCAAUGAUAAUCAAACUAUUUUUUUAGACAUAUAUAUUUUAAAGACGAUACAGCACGAGCUAUAGGCAGCACUGGACAAUUCGUCCGCCCCAAUGUAGCCAUGUAAAGACUUUUUGAGAAAAAAAAAAAUCAUAAUCAAAAAGGAAUGCUUUCAGUACAGGUAAUGUUUGUAAAUAUUUGUACAAAUAAAUUAAUUUACAUGUUUUUUUUCCCCAUUUCAUUUCGUUGUUUAAAUUUAUAGCUGAGUGAGCCUUUUUUUCCCCAUUCUGAAAGACGUGGUUUCAAGAACGAUGUUUUUUUUUUCUUUGUUUUCCAAUACGAAAUAUAAACUGUUCUUAUUGAAAGACUGAAGAAGUAUGUUUAUAAAAUUUAAAUAUAUGUAUUCUAUGUAGCUAUAUUGUGUUGUAAAUCAACUUCAUUUGUUAAUAAAUAUGAAAACAAUCCAAUGCA